GUCUGUGAUUAAUCGCAUGGAAGCAUGGAUGAGGUAUGACCAGAAAGGAAUGCGGAGUCUGGUAAACAUCCCACGGAUUUGGGAUCCCUGCUCUUCCAUACAAGGACAGAGCGCAGUGUCAGAGCGGGGAGGGAUCCCGACAUCCCCGACCAGCAAAGCCAAUGAACCCGCAGCAGGCAGCCGGAGGACGGAAUCUUCGGAUCGCUGCUAACCCUCGGUCUGGGCGUUUCCAGCCGGAGACCACGCCCCUUUCUACUACAGGGCUCAGUAAUCAGGAAAAAGUUCUUGCAUUACCCGAUCGCUCGCUGCCUGCGCCUGGAAGCGGGGAAUUAAAGGGACCGUGUCCUAUUUCACACUCUCACCCUAUAACCGAAUCAUGUCCAUCAAACGCAUCACUAUCGCGGGGCCAGCGCCGUGGGGGUUCCGGCUCGUCGGAGGAAAAGAUUUCGAUCAGCCCUUAACUAUUUCAAGGGUAACACCAGGAAGUAAAGCCGCAUCUGCGGAUCUGUGCAUUGGAGAUGUGGUGGUGACCAUUGACGGGCAAAACACAGAUGGCAUGACUCAUCUGGAGGCACAAAACAAAAUAAAAGGCUGCGAGGAUGAUUUGGUCUUAACUAUAAACAGAGCUGAAUCAAAAAUUUGGUCACCUCUUGUUUCUGAAGAAGGAAAAGCAAACCCAUAUAAAAUGAAUCUUGCAUCUAACCCUCAGGAAGUUAAACAAAUAGGAAGUGCACAUAAUCGAAGUGCUAUGCCGUUCACUGCUGCCUCCGCUUCAAGCACCUCAAAAGUCAUCACUACUCAGUACAACAACCCGGCCGGCCUCUAUUCCUCUGACAACAUCAAGACCUUCAAUAAUACUUUGGAGACCAAAUCCUCCCCUGGUGCCCAAGUACCAACUACACCUGUGGAGCGACCACAGCCAACGAAUACUCGAGUCAUUGACUCAGAAGUCUACAAGAUGCUUCAGGAAAACCAGGAAUCGGAUGAGCCGCCAAGACAGUCAACUUCUUUCCUAGUGUUGCAGGAGAUUUUGGAGACAGAAGAGAAAGAUUUUGAGGGAACAGAUGUGUUUUCAGAUACUGCAAAGGGUCACUUUAUAGAUCCAGGUGAAAAACCAUCCGGGUUCCGGAGUGUCAGAGCUCCCACCAGUAAAGUGGCUGCCUCCGUGGGUAGUGGACAGAAGCUACCAAUCUGUGAUCAAUGCGGAUCUGGCAUUGUGGGAGCAUUUGUGAAGAUUCGCGACAAGCCCCGUCACCCUGAAUGCUACGUGUGUACCGACUGCGGGAUGAAUCUCAAGCAGAAGGGCCACUUUUUUGUGGAAGACAUAAUGUAUUGUGAAAAGCAUGCCCGAGAGCGAGUGACUCCACCCGAGGGAUAUGAGGUGGUAACAGUCUUCCCAAAAUAAACCAUUUCUUUAUAUCUUCCACACUGAUGUAUCCCAAAAAAUGACAUUUUUGUACCCAUUUUUAUGCUGAGCAAGUCUUCUGUUUACCCAAAACAUGAUUUAACUUCUGUUCUCAGCCAACGCUUUUUAGGAAAAUUAUCUGUGGAAUUUUUCUUUAAGAUCACUUAAAAUCAACAUCUAUGAUGUUUUUCAUCUUUGCAUUUGUUGAUAUUCAAUACAGAAAAGAACAUUUAUUAUACAAAAUUCAAUGGCGUCUUCAUACAAUAAAAAAAAAUUCU